AUUCGCUGGGAGCCGCGGUCGAUGCCGGUGUAGAGAGGGGGAUGGGCAAUACUGCGAAUGUAAAGGACAUGAGAUUGAAUCACAGUCUUGAAUCACCAAGUGGUGUACAUAUACCCAUAUAAAUACCGACUAUACUUUUGUAAAAUAACAUUGUAUAUUGAUUUAUUCUUAGACAACUCAACGUGAACAUAUGAAGACCGCACAAUGUCUUAAAUGGGAGAAAAUGUGAAACUUUCAACUCUUGCGUAAGGGACACUGAGAAGUUUGGAAGAUAGCCCGAGAGCCUAGCGGUUUACAGUUCACAGGAAACACCGAGGUUGCAAGAGAAGGCCUGCCGUUCUGCCUCGCAUUGAUGUUGGGAUUUUUUAAAAACACCAAACACCUUUAAUAGGCAUUUGAGUUUCAAUUACGCUGGAAGGACGCUGUAGUCCUGAGUCAGUUGAAGCGAGCCCAGCAGUAAAUGAGAAAAACUACUCAAGUCGCAGCUGUGGGAAUGCACAGAGUCAUGGAUAUGGGGGCCUUCCCUAUGCUAAGAAUGAUCAUCUCGUUCAUUAUGGAGACAUGCAAUAAGGAAGAAAACAACAUUACAUCAAACAAAGUAAGCGCGUCAAAAACCUUGGCUUGUUGAACAUGGCUUGUUGAACUUUGCUUGUUGAACUUUGUUUGGAAACUUUGACACGUUUGGAUACAAAACAAAGAGGACGCGAUGUUAACGGGAGUCGAUGGAUUUCGUCUGUGUUGGGGAGUACUUCUGCAGUUAUUUAUCACUAUAAAGGAUGUCACGAUGCUGGAUUUAUGACUUCUAAAGCCAGCUGAGGAACACAGUAACAGCAGAUCAUCUAAUGGCGCCCAACACACUGAGGCUGAGAUGCAACAGUCUUCCAUUGUGUGUUGUCAGGAUCAUAACUAUGGAGCUCCACCCCCUCCCACCCCUCCUGCCUCCCCACUCUCCCAGACCGUUUUCUCCCAUACGGAACGCAAUGGUACACUGGGACGAUCGCGACCCUAUUUCCCCACCAAUGAUCCAGACAACUCUGCUGACAGUGAGAGCUCUUCGGAGGAGGAGGAGGUGGUGGAAGGCGCAAUUCAACCUUCUUGGUGCCCGUGCCGUCUAAUGGAAGAUGGCUUUCUCAUUAAGUGUGAGAGAUGCAGGGGUCUGGAGAAGAAGAAAGGGCUGGAUGGGCAGCACAGAAAAGCAGAGAAUGUUUCAGUGGGCGAGAGCAGUGCAACAGAGAGUGGAGAUGAGGACAUGUCAGCCUCUGCUGUGUCGUACACGGCCACUCAACACACACCCACUAGCAUCACUCUCACUGUCAAAAGAGUCAAACCCAACAAAAUUAAGAAGAGAAAGAAGAGCACAGAGAAAACACGCACUACUCCUAAAGCCAAGAAGGUUAAGGCUUACAGAGAGGGUUCCAGAAAAUCCAUGAGAAUGAAGAACUCCGCGUCUGAGGCUAGUGUUCUGGAUGAGAAUACAACAGAAGGAUGGGAGACACGAAUUCGCCAGUGGACGGACCAGUACGAGGAAGCUCUGUCUAACCAGUACAGUGCUGAUGUACAGAACCUCCUCAAUCACUACUGUGCCAACGGCAACUCGUCCCCCACCCCAUCUACUGUCGCCAUGGACACCAUUAAUAGAACAGAACUAGCCUGCAACAACACUGUGUUGGGCGCGCAAAUGCAGUUACAGCUGGGUCGUGUAACACGUGUGCAGAAACAUAGGAAGAUUCUCAGAGCUGCACGGAAUUUGGACCCUGAAACACUCAUCAUUGAGUAUAGAGGCAAAGUCAUGCUCAGACAGCAGUUUGAAGUCAACGGACAUUUUUUCAAAAAGCCAUAUCCAUUUGUCCUGUUUUACUCCAAGUUCAACGAAGUGGAGAUGUGUGUGGAUGCCCGAACAUUUGGCAAUGAUGCACGGUUUAUCAGAAGAUCGUGCACACCCAAUGCUGAGGUGCGGCACAUGAUAGCAGAGGGGAUGAUUCACCUGUGUAUCUAUGCUGUUGCUCAAAUAACAAAAGAUUCGGAAGUCACAAUCGGCUUUGACUAUGAGUUUAGCUGCUGUAAUUAUAAAGUGGAUUGUGCAUGUCAUAAGGGCAAUCAGGACUGUCCUGUGCAGAGACACAAUCUCCGCCCCCUUCAACUGCUGUCCCCCCAGUCUUCAAACUUUGCCCUGCCUGGAGCAGAAACACGAAGGAGACGAGCCCGACGCAGAGAGAUGGAAGGGGACAGGCUCAUAACCAGUGUUUCUGAUGAAAGCAACCACCUGCUGGAAGAUGCAAAUGAGGCACAGGGAGUUAGCGAUACAGAGGAUGCUCUUAUGGACAGAGUGACGUUGGAGAAUGGAGAGGAGGAGUUAGACGAAAAUGGAGCUCUUAUACCAAACAGACGUUCUCGUGAAGAACGCAAGGCAGAGGCCAUAAUGCACAUGUUUGAGAACCUUGAGAGGAAAAAGAAACGUGGUCAGGGUACAGCGCAGGCUACACCUGAAGAAACCAAACUGGAAGCAGGGGAGGCAGAAGUGCCCUCACUUACAGCAGGAAACAGUGUACCAAAUACAGGAGCAGGUGGAGGAGUCAGUACAAGGCGCACCUCCUUUGCUGCUGUGGAAACAACAGAUAUUGACUCUGAAAAGCCCCCUGCUACACCCAGUCCUGCCCCUAAAGCGCAAACUUCCCGCAGUUCCAAACCACGUCCUAAGAGUCGCAUCUCAAGGUACCGCUCCAGUUCAGCCCAGCGUGCUCGGAGACAGCGGCAGGCUCUUUCUCAGCAAGCAGCAGAGGGAAUUUUGGUGGGCGGUGAAGAGAGCAGUGCAGGGGCAGGCCUCAGGGAGCAGGGCCAGGGAGAGGGUGCUCCAAACUGUGGGAGUCUCCAGGAUGGAGAACUAUGUGGAGCCACCUCUUCAGGGAUGGGUAAUAAGACAAAUGUCAGAUGCCCAAAAACCAAAAAGUACCUGGUGACAGAGUGGUUAAAUGACAAGGUUCCAGAGCGGGUGGAGGAGUCUGUGGAACGCCCUUUACGCAUCACCACUGACCCUACAGUUCUCGCCACCACCCUCAACAUGCUGCCAGGACUAUCUCAUUCACCUCUCAUCUGUACUGCCCCCAAACACUAUGUUCGUUUUGGUUCACCCUUUAACCCUGAAAGACGCCGGCGACCUUUUAUGAUUGACCCUGCAUAUGGUUCUUGCAAGAAGAGGUGGAUGAAACAAGCGCUGGAUGAGAGCAUGUUAUCUGGCCUGUUGGAGGAUGGAACAGAGUCCAGUUCUUCCCACAAGAGUAACACCAGCAGCACCAGCAGCUCUCAACCGUUUAAACCUGAGCUGGCAGGACCAUUUAAGAAGAGGAAAUUGAAGUGUUCAUCAGAAACAGAAGCUCCACCUUCUGAACUCUUGUUACGACCAUUGUCCCCCAUCACCCCACCUCUGCCCUCUGAACUUCCCACAACGCCUCUUCAUUCGCUUAUGACUCCCUGCUCGCUUUAUUUAGGUGGGGAAAUAGAGAUGCUGAAUGCUACCAUGUUUUCCUACUCUCCUCUCACAUCCCGGCCCGCCAGCCGCUGCAAUACGCCUCUACAGUUUGAGAACAUCUCUUCUCCUGAGGUCUCUCCUGUGCACAGAUCAGAAUCUCUGACUCCAGAACCCUGUUUGCGACCAGAUUUCACUUCACGGGUCACUGCCUUCCCUGACUUUUCCACAAGCCGGGGAAGCCCGGCUCCUGUGUCAGAUGACUUCUCACUUGCUGCUCCAGACUCUCUGAAUGGAUCUGGUGGUGGGACUCCCCGCAGCUCAGCUGUUGUGUCCAGUCUAUGUGACUCUUCCUUGGUUUCACAUGCCAGUGAGGCACAGGCCAGAGUACAGGCCUUUAGGACAGAAUUUAACCUCAUUUACACCUGCUCUCCCCUCAAUGCCAAUUUACCCACUGGUCCUAUAAGUGACCGACACUUCCCACAAUCAGAGGGAGGUUUGUCCACGGCUGACUCCGACUUGAGCACAAUGUGCAGCCAGGGGCUGCUGAUGGAGGCGGGGUCUGGCUCUCUCUCAAUGUAUCUGGACACACAGUUUGGAGGUGGAUAUUCAGAGAGCAGCACAUCCCCCCACCCUAGCAAUCCACCACAGAAGAAGAAGGUCUCUCUGCUGGAGUACAGGGAAAGAAAGAAAGGGCCACGGGACCCAGCACCCCACGUCACAAACCUCAGCUCCAUUUGCCCUCGCACAGAGUCUCCAGGACAGCCGCGCACACAUUUUCAGCCUUCAGUCUCUCCGCACAAUUCAUUCUCUCCAGAACGCCAAGCUUUUCCACAGAUAGAGGAGGUCAGUCCUCCUGGCAUCAGGUCUGGAAACCACACACAGACCACAAUGCUGGGUGGACCAGAGUCCAACCACUGGAUGGUCUCUACAUCAGUUGAGCGGUUGAGGGAGGGACAGGGUGCUCUGGAGCGUGUUCUGAGGGGUAAUCUAAACAUAGAGCAUGCCCUUAAAAGAGCAGAUGCCGGAAUUAAUGACCAAAUCAGCAGUCAUGACAAGAGCUCUGAUGCUGUUGAGAUGGACAUGUUUGAUCUUCAAAGCUCAUCUCUGGCGUCUCCCUUAGAGAGUCCUUCUCUUCACCCACAUCAGCAGAUGCUGCCUCUCCAGCCAGAAUCCCAUCAGCAUUUGGAAAGCCCAGCCUACGACCAGCAGAGCUCCUCCUCUCCAUUCUGUCCAUCUGUAAGCCCCUCCCCUCCCCGCUGCAGCUCUGGGGGGCCGGUUUACUAUCCUUUAAAGCUGCCCACACACAGCCCACUCACCCAAGAAAGCCCGUCCUCUUCUACAGUAUCCAUCUCCUCAGUGGACUCAUCAGUGUGUGCGCCACAUCCUCACAGCAGCAGUGGAGGUGGAAUGGACACCUCAAGCCUUAAAGCUAAACUGUUGGACAGCACCCUGUCUGCUGCUCUCUCUCUACCCGCCAGAGGCCACCUUAAAAUGGACAGCGCUGCAGUACCACACACACAAGGUGCUCAUGGCUCCAGAUUGGCCCAGUCGUCCAGAGUGCACAGCCAGAGAACAGACAGACCCAGUCAGGCUAACUCGAGACAUCUCACAGCUUCUGGAGCACAGCACUAUCCACAACUAAAUUUACAGGGUUCAGGGGUAUGGACACAGUCAGGGACCUUUUAGGACCCACAGUGUGAGUGUAUCUGUGUGUGUGUGUGUGUGUGUGUGUCAGAAAGAGAAGUGUGACAUCCUCCUCACUUUUUCCUGUGGAGAAGCUAUGCGUUGUUAGAGGGAAUUUGAUGUAUUGAGUUCUGUAUGGAUGGUCUACUUUUUUCUCUUUACUUUCCCCAGUUCCUUUUAUCUUUUUCCAAAAACUGAAUUUCUGCAGUUACAUGUAACUUAGUGUGGACUUCAUAACGAUCAAAUCAAUGGAACAUUAAAGUAACUAGUUUGGAGUAUAUAAUCAGAUUUAAAUGUAUUUUGAAAAUUCACCCAAAUGCUACAAAGAUGUGUUCACACUGAGAUGCAAGUAUUUAGGAGUAAGGAAAUUUACAGAGUUAAGCACCAGUGGUGAAACAAAACCAUUUCUCUAAAAGUAGGCCUUCAUGUUUAAGACUUGUCUAAGAGUAAAAGUGAUCAUGCUGAUGAGUUUUCAACUUUCAUGUCUAAUGAAUGAUAUCAUGACCAUAUGAAAUGGCACUCUUACUUUAAGAUGCUUUGCACGCUUGACUCGGAAUACACUCUCCUGUUUUCAGUUUUAUCAGUAGUCGUCAUCAGAACAGUCGAGUAGUGCGUUCAUGGAUGGCAUGCUUGGCUCAGAGCAAAGUGUUUUUGAAUGCACAUGAAAGUAAUUCUUAAGUGAACAGCGAGUUAUUUCCUCACUCUGAAUCAUUCCAGUGUCUAGCGAUCGUUAGGGUCUGAUGGGCCUCUAGCCUGUCGAAUUCUCAUGUUAGUGUCAUAAAAUCACUACUCACUUGAUAUAUAAUACUUGACAAGCAGAUCUUAUGGUGCUUCAGUUGGUCCAGUUGAAUUGUUUAUUUUGUUUCCCAAUGUGAUCAUGGUUGCCUCUUAAGGUAAAAACAUGCAAUUGUCAGUUCAAACUUUGUUUUUUAACUUGUUUCCAAUGAUUGUUAAAGAGCCUCUCUGUGACUCGCAAAGCACAUGACUUUGCCAAAAAGAAUUUGCAGAAAUGUUUUCGUUUAUACUCUGUUAAAAGUAUGUGUACCCUCCCAAGCCCUUUAAUCCUAAGUGUAUACUUCAUUUCUUUAACUUCAUUCUCUUCAUUUAAUUUUCUCUCCUUGACCAGUCCUUGCAUUCCAACCACCAUUUUCAAAAGGAAGAGAGUAAAGAAAUGCUAUGGCCAAAUGGUUUGAUCAGUAAAUAAGACAAAGCAAGUGUGCUGCUGCUGUGGUCUUUCAAAUUUAAGUGUUUUCCCACUUUUUAAUUACAAAAAGAUGCUCACGGGACAGCCUUUUUUUAACAGAAUAGGCAUAAAGUUGUACCUCCCUUGGAUGACACCUUUCUUAAACGGUGAGAUCAACAAGUCAUGUGCAAUGAUGACCACAGUAGUGGGAUAUUGACCACACUUCAAACAAAACCGAUGCCCCUGUUGCAUUUAGAGAAUCAAAGUUGUCUGCUUGGUGGAUUUAUUCUACCGUGGUCCAACAACAGAAAAAAUUAAGUCUGUUUUUGUUUUGCCCUAUUGUAAAAAGAUCUUGAAAUGAUGACAGGUAAUGUGGUCAGCCUUAGCUCACUGGUUUAUAUGAAUGUCUCUUGAAAAGGAAAAAA